AAAUCCAUGUACCCUCACCAAAUUCAAUAAGGCCAUUUUGGCAAUUAUUGCUUUUUCUCGUAACUAAAACUACCAAGACGACGAAACCUAUAAGCCUCUCCUCUCUCUCUCUGCCGCAUACCGCCAUGUUUUCAGAGAUGUCCUGCACCAAAAACAAUACGCAUGUUAAUCUAUCCCCUCUCCUUCUCUUUCUCUCUCAACCAUUUUUCUUAUAUUAUCAUCACAUUCACAUUCACACCACUCUAUAAAAAGAGUGCCAUGAAAACAGUAGUGGUAAUUAAUAACUAAAACUUAUCAACCACUCCUACUACUUCAAAUGGAGGAGAGUCAUCAUCAUCAUCAUGAGAAUAAUGAGGAGGAGUUGGAGAUGGGAAUGGGAGGGUCUAGUGGUGGGAAUAAUAUUGCGGCGAGUUCACGGUGGAACCCUACAAAGGAGCAAAUAACCUUGUUGGAGAGUCUUUACAAGCAGGGCAUAAAGACUCCAACUGCGGAGGAGAUACAGCAGAUAACUGCUAGGCUGAGGGUGCAUGGUCACAUCGAAGGGAAGAAUGUGUUCUACUGGUUUCAGAAUCAUAAGGCAAGGCAGAGACAGAAGCAGAAGCAAGAAACCAUCGCUUACUUCAAUCGCUUUCUUCACAGGCCUCCCCAGCCAUUUUUCUCUCCUCCAAUUUAUCCAAAUGCUUUGUGUGGCCCUUACUGUAUGCCUCAACCAAACAGUGAAAUUGGGUUUUAUCCACAACAGUACUCAAAGGUUCUUCUACCAGUAGGUUAUAGGAAUCAUCAUGUUGAGAAGGUUGUGCCAAACGGCAUGUCAAGUGUCUACAACAGCCAGCUGGUUUACGAUGUAAACAUGCAACAGAGAAUCUCAGAUCACAACAUUCACUUCAAUAACCAAGAAACGUUGGACCUCUUUCCUCUGCACCCAACUGGCAUUUUGGAAGGGAAAACAACAAGAACAGACAAGGUGUCUUCUCUGGUUUCUGUUUCUGCUGAUAGUUCCACUGAUACAACUUCUGGUUCUCCUGAUAUUAAUGAGGAAGAUGGUUGUCCAGAAAACCAGCCCUUCUUUGACUUUUUUAAUUCUCGACAAGGUUCUUAAUUAGGAGAUUAAUGGUUUUGGUAUAUAUGAAUUGUUAUUGGCUGAAACUACUAACAUGCAACUUUUGAGUUCCACAUUUUGUCAAUUACUGGAAUGUUGGGUUUAUGUAAUUGGGCUUAUUGGAAUGUGAUUGGUGCUUUUUUGUUUCUAGUUUUUGAAAACAUUUAUUGGCUGUAUUUGGAAAUGAGUGGUGCACACCA